GGCAGCCGGCUGAGGGAGAGCCGCGCUGUCUCUUCAGCCGGUGCCUCGGCAGCCACUUGUGGAGACAGGAGGCUGGAGCCAGCGAAGCGCCCGCUUGCCACUGCUGGGGCAUGAGCCGGAGGUUCACGGUCACGGCCCUGCCCCGGGAGGAGGGGGCCCCCUGCCAAGAGGCGGCUGCAGCGCUCCACGGAGAUGCCGCCCCCCUGCAAGGGGCCCAGCCUGGCAGCCACUCCCGAGAAGACAGCAAAGGUGAUGGCAACCCCAAGGAGAGCAGCCCCUUCAUCAACAGCACAGACCUGGAGAAGGGCAAGGAAUAUGACGGGAAGAACAUGGCCCUCUUCGAGGAAGAGAUGGACACCAGCCCCAUGGUCUCGUCCCUGCUGAGUGGCCUCGUGAACUACACCAACCUGCCGCAAGGCAGCCGAGAGCAUGAGGAGGCGGAGAACAACGACGGGGCCAAAAAGAAACCUGUACAGGCUCCACGGAUGGGCACUUUCAUGGGCGUUUACCUGCCCUGCCUGCAAAACAUCUUCGGGGUGAUCCUCUUCCUGCGCCUCACCUGGGUGGUGGGAAUUGCUGGCAUCAUGGAGUCAUUCUGCAUGGUCAUCCUUUGCUGCUCCUGCACGAUGCUGACGGCCAUUUCCAUGAGUGCCAUCGCUACGAACGGCGUUGUGCCAGCGGGUGGCUCCUACUACAUGAUCUCGCGUUCUCUGGGGCCCGAGUUCGGCGGGGCCGUGGGGCUGUGCUUCUACCUGGGCACCACCUUCGCGGGAGCCAUGUACAUCCUGGGCACCAUCGAGAUCCUUCUGGCCUAUAUCUUCCCCGCCAUGGCCAUUUUCAAGGGAGAGGAUGCCAGCGAGGAGGCUGCGGCCAUGCUCAACAACAUGCGUGUCUAUGGCACCUGUGUGCUCACCUGCAUGGCCACUGUGGUGUUCGUCGGGGUCAAGUACGUCAACAAGUUUGCCUUGAUUUUCCUGGGCUGCGUCAUCCUCUCCAUCCUGGCCAUCUACGCUGGGGUCAUCAAAUCCGCCAUCGACCCCCCCCAGCUUCCGAUCUGUUUGCUGGGUAACAGGACACUGUCACGCCACGGCUUCGACAUCUGUGCCAAGCUGGUGCUGGAAGGGAACGAGACAGUGGGCUCCAAGCUGUGGGAGCUGUUCUGCACCUCCAAAUUCCUCAACGCCACCUGUGACGACUACUUCCUGAGGAACAACGUGACCGAGAUCCAGGGCAUCCCAGGCGCUGCCAGUGGGCUCAUCAAAGAGAAUCUCUGGAGCACGUACCUGACCAAGGGGGUGAUUGUGGAGAAGCAGGGGGUGACCUCGGUGUCGCUCGUGGACCCCGUUAUCGACAUGGACCAGCCCUACGUCUUCAGCGACAUGACCUCGUACUUCACCUUGCUGGUGGGCAUCUACUUCCCGUCCGUCACAGGUAUAAUGGCCGGCUCCAACCGAUCAGGAGACCUGCGCGAUGCUCAGAAAUCCAUCCCCACAGGGACCAUCCUGGCCAUCGCCACAACGUCUGCUGUCUACAUCAGCUCCGUGAUUCUCUUCGGCGCCUGUAUCGAGGGGGUCGUCCUCCGUGACAAGUUUGGCGAGGCUGUCAAUGGGAACCUGGUGGUUGGCACCCUCGCCUGGCCGUCUCCAUGGGUGAUUGUCAUUGGAUCCUUCUUCUCCACGUGUGGGGCGGGUCUGCAGAGCCUCACAGGAGCCCCCCGCCUCCUCCAGGCCAUCUCCCGGGACGGCAUCGUCCCCUUCCUGAGGGUCUUCGGCCACGGCAAAGCCAACGGGGAGCCCACCUGGGCUCUGCUCCUCACCGCCUGCAUCUGCGAGAUCGGGAUCCUCAUCGCCUCCCUGGACGAGGUCGCCCCCAUCCUCUCCAUGUUCUUCCUGAUGUGCUACAUGUUUGUCAACUUGGCGUGCGCGGUGCAGACGCUGCUGAGGACACCCAACUGGCGGCCCCGGUUCCGGUAUUACCACUGGACACUCUCCUUCCUGGGCAUGAGCCUCUGCCUGGCCCUGAUGUUCAUCUGCUCCUGGUACUACGCACUCGUGGCCAUGCUCAUCGCCGGCCUCAUCUACAAGUACAUCGAAUACAGGGGAGCGGAGAAGGAGUGGGGCGAUGGCAUCCGAGGGCUCUCGCUCAGUGCGGCUCGCUACGCUCUGCUUCGGCUGGAGGAGGGUCCCCCGCACACCAAGAACUGGAGGCCUCAGCUGCUGGUUCUGGUCCGAGUGGAUCAGGAGCAGAACGUGGUGCACCCGCAGCUCCUGUCUCUCACCUCGCAGCUCAAAGCCGGCAAGGGGCUGACAAUUGUGGGCUCUGUGCUGGAAGGGACCUUCCUGGAUAAUCACCUGCAGGCCCAGCGGGCGGAGGAGUCCCUGCGCCGCUUGAUGGAAGCUGAGAAGGUGAAAGGCUUCUGCCAGGUCGUGAUCUCGUCCAACCUGCGGGAUGGCAUGUCCCACCUCAUCCAGUCCAGUGGGCUCGGGGGGCUGCAACACAACACGGUGCUGGUGGGGUGGCCACGCAACUGGCGGCAGAAGGAAGAUCACCAAACCUGGAGGAACUUCAUUGAGCUGGUGCGGGAGACCACGGCCGGCCACCUGGCCCUGCUGGUCACCAAGAAUGUUGCCAUGUUCCCGGGCAACCAAGAGCGGUUCUCUGAGGGCCACAUUGACGUCUGGUGGAUCGUCCACGAUGGGGGGAUGCUGAUGCUGCUGCCCUUCCUGCUGCGGCACCAUAAGGUUUGGCGUAAAUGUAAGAUGCGCAUCUUCACGGUGGCGCAGAUGGACGAUAACAGCAUCCAGAUGAAGAAGGACCUGACGACAUUCCUGUACCACCUGCGCAUCACGGCCGAGGUGGAGGUGGUGGAGAUGCAUGAGAGCGACAUCUCGGCCUACACCUACGAGAAGACCCUGGUGAUGGAACAGCGCUCGCAGAUCCUCAAGCAGAUGCACCUCACCAAGACUGAGCGGGAGCGAGAGAUCCAGAGCAUCACGGAUGAGUCCCGCGGCUCCAUCCGGCGCAAGAACCCUGCCAACACCCGGCUGCGGCUGAGCGUCCCAGAGGAGCAGGUGGGCGACAGUGAGGAGAAGCCGGAGGAGGAGGUGCAGCUCAUCCACGAUAAGAAUGCCACGGCCUUCUCCAGCAGGCCCCAGUCGCCCGGUGAUGAGGUGGAGACAGCCCCUGAGAAGGUGCAUCUCACCUGGACCAAGGAAAAGUCUGUUGCGGAGAAGAACAAGAGCAAGAGCCCCGUCAGCCCCGAAAGCAUCAAGGACUUCUUCAACAUGAAGCCGGAGUGGGAGAACCUGAACCAGUCCAAUGUGCGGAGGAUGCACACAGCCGUCAAGCUUAACGAGGUCAUUGUCAAGAAGUCGCAGAACGCCAAGCUGGUCCUGCUGAACAUGCCAGGCCCACCCCGCAACCGGAAGGGGGAUGAGAACUACAUGGAGUUCCUGGAGGUGCUGACGGAGCACCUGGACCGGGUCAUGCUGGUGCGUGGAGGGGGCCGGGAAGUCAUCACCAUCUACUCCUGAAACACCGACUGCUGGGCUGAAGUUAUUUUGCACCCGGAGAGACCCCCCCACCGACCUCUUUGCACCUGGCUCCUGGGGGGCAGGAGGGCAGUUCCGCUUGUGCUUGGUGCUCAGAAACUUUGCCAUGCCCCCACUCGCUCCAUUCGAACUGCAGCCCCAGAGGUCCCAGGAGCGACCAGCACCAGCGCCGCUGUUCCUCAUCGCGCCAGCACAGCCCUGCGGGGCUGUUGAUAUAUAAAUAGAGACAGGAGCCCUGAGCCCGAGCCCCAGGGCCUGGAGCAUUGCCACCGCCACUGGCCUCCGGGCGGGGCAGGAAGCGGGGCUGGCCAGGCUCUCAGUCAGUGCUUCCUUGGAGCCCCCGGAGGGCUGGCGUGGGUGCAUUGGCCCCUCGGGACUAGGCUCUCUACCCCUCGCUCUGCUACACUAGGACACACUGAGGUUUGUGGGACACGUCUGCUGCCCUGCCCCGCCUGCUGACGUGUCCUUUGGAGCCUGUGCGCCUGGGCCAGGCCACCGCAUGCUUGCCUCGCCAGCCGCGCCUCACCCCACCGCUCACAUGUGCCCUGCAGUGCCAGCCACAGGCCCCUCGCCCAGGCAGGCUCAGCCCGCUGCCGGACCCUGGGAACCACAGCCACGCUCUGCGGCCCCCUGGCGCUGGUUUGGACAGACGAGUGCUGCGCAGGGAAGAGGCAGGUCCUGCAGCAUGUCGGCGCGAAGGACAGCGCCACGCUGCCCUUGUCGUGAGGCCACCUGGAUCUGCCGGCUGGGUGAGAGGGGCCUGGCAGGGGCUGCAUCCCGGUGCGGGAGGGGGGUAGUGGGGACAUGGACUUCAAGUUUUUCUUCUUCACCCCACCCCCCCGCUCAGCACAGGUGCACGCGGCUGCACCACCCCGACUCACCUGCUCCAGGGUGUGGUCUGGUUCCAUCCCUGCUGCAGGGCCUGGGCACUGCCGGGCUGGGGCGGCGCGCUCGCUGCAUGCUGCCCACACGCGCCGCGCAGACCUGGGAAUGCAGGGGCGCGCGUCUGGCCCAGGCCCUGCACGGCCACGCUGCCCAGCAGCUCCUGGCGGGAGGCCUGUGUCCCUCCCCCCCCCAUGCAUGAAGAGCUGGAACGCAGCCUCCCUGCGCCCCUGCUGCAGCCUUGUGCCCCCUGCGUCCCCUACCCCACGGCAACCUCCUCAAGGCCAUCUUGCUGCUUCAGGGGCUGCUGGGUGAAGACCGCAGGCAUUGAAAGUUUAUAAAUAUGCAAAUCAGCUCAAU